AUGACCCAAACAGCGAAGAACGAAAUGUCAUUCAAGAAAACCACCACUCCAAGCCCCGAUGUUGACCACGAGAAGGGCACGAUAUCCCCCCUUCCAGAGAAUGUCGAGCUCAAUCAACUCGGCUAUACAGAAGAGCUAUGCCGUAACCGCUCCGUUCUCACUCUCCUCUUCCAAACCCUCGCGAUGGCCGCGAUUCCCUUUGGAGAGGGCUCACCUCUCCUCUCAGCAAUCUAUGGCGGCGGCCAGCUCUCCAUCUUUGUAGGCUGGAUAGUCGUUUGCCUACUAGAUCAGUGCAUCGCUUUCUCGCUAGCCGAGCUGGCAUCUCGUUAUCCAACCUCCGCCGGGCCAUAUUACUGGACCUUCCAAAUAUGCCGCGGCAACAAAGCAACUAUAUCCUUCAUCAACGCCUGGAUCUGGCUGAUAGGAAAUUGGACAAUAACCCUCAGCGUCAACUUCGGUCUCGCCUCCAUGCUUUCAGCAACCAUAUCAAACUACGAUUCCUCCUGGUCAGCAAAUAGCUGGCAAUUAUUGUUAAUCUUCUACGCCAUCUGUUUAACCUCCCUUAUAAUCUGCAUCUACGCCAACAACUACCUCCCCCAAGUCGACACUGCCUGCGCAGCCUGGACAGCCCUAACAAUCCUAGUCAUCCUCAUCGCCGUCUCCAUCAAAUCAGAAACCCGCCAUUCCCCAUCCUACACCCUAACCCACUACGACACCUCCCUCGCAAACUGGGGCGGCUUCACCUUCUUCAUCGGCCUCCUCCCAGCAGCCUUCACCUUCUCCGCAAUAGGCAUGAUCUCCUCCAUGGCCGAAGAAUGCUCAAACCCAGCCAUAAAAGUUCCCCGCGCCAUCGCCCUCAGCGUCCCAGUAGGCGGAACAGCAGGCCUCUUCUUCAUCAUUCCCCUCUGCGCAACCCUCCCCCCUCUCACAGAAAUCCUCACAGCCCCAGCCGGCCAGGCCCUUCCUUACAUCCUCACCCGAGUAAUGGGCCCAGCCGGCGGUCUAGCCCUAAGCGUCCUGGUCCUCAUAAUCGCCUUCUGCUGCUCAAUCAGCAUAACAGUUGCCGCAUCACGAUCCACGUGGGCCGUCGCGCGCGACGACGCAAUCCCCCUCGCCCGUCUCUGGGCCCAGGUCUCCGCUCGCCACGGCGUACCUGUCUGGUCCUUGAUCCUAGUAACCGGAAUCCAGAUGCUGCUCGGGUUAAUUAAUCUAGGGAGCUCGAGUGCGUUUACCGCAUUUGUUUCUGUGGGUGUCAUGGCGCUGGCGGCGGCUUAUGCAAUUCCUAUCUUUUUGAGUUUAUGGCAUGGGAGGGAGGAGGUUAGUUCUGCGCCGUGGAAUUGUGGGGGUUUAGUUGGGAGGGUUGUUAAUGUGGUGGCGUUGGCUUGGAUUGCGUUUGAAUUGGUGCUUUUUAGUAUGCCGACUGCGUUGCCGGUUACGGCGGUUUCGAUGAAUUAUGCUUCGGUGGUUUUUGUGGGGUUUAUGGCUAUCUCGGCGGUUUGGUUUGCGGCUUAUGCUAGGAAAUCUUACAAGGGACCCCCGGAGUCGGACGCUCUGACUUGA